AUGAUUGGAGUCGAUGGACAGUACUCGAUGAACGAUCUCAAGAUACGCUGUUCUUGUAUUCUAAAAAGGGUUGAUGCUAACGAGCUGGUUGUUAUGGAUGAGCUAUGGUAUCCUGAUCCAAAAGCUUUCACAAACAUGAGUUUUGGAUCAGAUCACCUUCUCUUGUUCAGCAGAAACUGCAUGUCCAUGGGAGCUUACAACGAAGUCAUCUUUGAAUUCUCCGUCGAAAACACAGGAGGAGAUUCUUCUAACCCGCUUGGAGAGGUUAGAAAAUGCGCGGUGCACCUCAUAACGUUUAAAGACAUGUUACAAGAGCAUGAUAACUCAGCCUCACCACCAAUCUCUGAGAAAACUCACAAUCCUGAUUUGGAGUUUUCAGAAGCAUCAGAUGAAACAGAGGUUCCAAAAACAAGACCAUAUGAAACUGAGUUCUUGCUCAAGGAGCAACCAAAUCCCAAGAGGGUCAAGUUUCUUCCUCUUCAUUCAGCUCGGAAGCGACAUUCCAAAUUACUUCAACCGAAUGUUACACUUACACGAGAGUGA